AUGUCUUUCUCACGAACAUUCAUCUUCAUGGCCAUCUUCUGUAUGCAGUCUCUAGCUGCUUUGCUGCAAAAUGGCUUCGUGGCCACUGUGCUGGGCAGGGAAUGGGUACGGAGCCAGGGACUCCCUGCAGGUGACAUGAUCGUGGCUUGCCUAGCUGCCUCCAGGUUCUGUCUGCAUAUAGUAGCCACCCUAAACAACUUCCUGGCCUCUACUAUGCUUUGGACCUUAAGGGCCUAUUUUUCUAUCCUCUGGGACUUCAUCAACACUGUCAAUACCUGGUUUACCACCUGGCUUGCCAUCUUCUAUUGUGUAAAGAUCUCUUCGUUUUCCCAUCCCAUCUUCUUCUGGAUAAAAUGGAGAGUUUCUCGGUCAGUGCCCAGGUUACUGCUGGGAUCCCUGGUCAUUGGUGGACUGUCUGCCAUCUCCUCAGCCACUGGGAAGGCAAUUGCCUUUCAGAUGAUGGCCUGUGAAAACUGCACAAUAGCUUACAGAAUGGUGGCAUUCUAUGUGUAUUAUUUUCGCUGUCAUGCAAUGCUGAUGUGGGUCACUCCAUUCUUCCUGUUUCUGCUGUCCAUCAUCUUGCUCAUGUUCUCGCUGUACCAGCAUCUGGAACAGAUGAGGUACCACGGACCCAGGUCUCAUGACUACAGCACCCAGGCUCACACUAUGGCUCUGAUGUCUCUUGCCUUCUUCCUCAUCUUCUACACAUCGUAUGUCCUGCUCCUCACGGUAUCUACUACACAAGUCAUAAAUGUCCACAAUUCCUGGCAUUGGGCCUGGGAGGUGAUAACCUACAUGGGCAUCUUGCUGCACUCCACCAUUCUGAUCCUAAGCAACCCCAAGAUGAGAAAGGCCCUCAAGAUAAAGUUCCCAGACUUUUGUAUUGCCAGAUCAUAA